CGCAUGUUUUGGAGGCAGCAAAGCUCAGACAGGAUGCAAAUGACUGUGUUAGAUCUGCUUUUUCCAUAGUUCUGAGGGGCAGGCUGUUUCCAUAGCUCCGGGGACAGCUCACGGAUGGCAGGGGAUGUCACCUACGCCGCCGUGGCCAUGCUGCCGAGGGAGAGGCCACGCGCUCCUCCAGGGACAUCAAACCCAGGAAACACGAUCACAUAUGCUGAGCUGCAUGUGAAGCCCCAGCCCCAAAGGAACAGCAGAGCAGAGACUUCCGCUCCUGGCUGCCAGCACAGGUGCUCAGCCUGGUUCUACGUGGCACUGGUCCUGGCACUCCUCGUGCUCAUCCUGCUGGGAAUUGUGGCCACCCAAGCCAAGCAGAUUUUGAAGGGCAGAGCAGGAAACUCAGAAAGUUUGCACCAGUAUGGUCUGAAUAGCACCAGCAGUGACAUUUCUUCAGAGAGGACCAUCCCAGCAUGGCCCCUGAAAUGGCUCAUGGAGGAGCUGUGUGAAGAUGGACAGGGGACAACGUGUGAGCUGUGUCCCCCUGGGUGGCAGCUGCACAGGAGCAGAUGCUACUUCUUCUCUGAGGAGGCCAGGAGCUGGGAGGACAGCCAGAAAAACUGCCUGGCCAGGAAAUCCCAGCUGCUUGUCAUUGAGGAUGAAAUUGAGAUGGAAUUUAUAGACAGCAAAGACAAAGGUACCAAAUAUAAAUGGAUUGGCUUGGACAUUGAAGACUUGGAGAAAACAUGGAGUUCAGUGGAACAUGAUGGAGUAAAAGAAAAGAGCAGGACAGCUCUAAAAGGCAUCGACGCUGACAAGAACUGUGCUGUUUACAGAAGGAAAAACGUGAUCCAGGCAGACAACUGCCAGACAUUAAAGGAGUGGAUCUGUAAGAAGAAAGCAACUUUGCUGGUGCUCUGAGCCACGUUUCCACACAACAGGCAGAGCUUCUUGCCAGAAGACCCAUUUUACAGACAAACCAACUAGUGAUGUA